AUGACAGGUGACGGCUCCACACCAAACACUACAUCUCACAAAGUUUUCGGCAUAUCCAAUAUCAAAUCUCUAGUCCCACUUAUCCUAGAUCUUGAAAGAGCCAAUUAUGAUGAUUUGAGGCAACUGUUCAUGAACCACUGUGAAGCUUACAAUGCUAUUGAACACAUCGAAGAAACCUAUGAUGAGCCAAACCACCCACCAACCGAACCCAUCUGGAAGAAAGUAGGUGCUAUUAUUGUGAAGGGAUGUGUAUACUCUACGUUAUCUCAGAACCUUCUAAACAUUGUGCUUAAGAAUCAGACGAAUGCUAGGAAAUUAUGGCUUAUGUUAGAUCGACUCUUUCGUGCUAAUAAGGACACUCGUGCAAUCCAGUUGGACUCCGAGAUUCGAAGCAUCAACAUGGGAGACAUGAGCGUGAUUACAUAUUGUAACAAGAUCAAAACAACAGUUGAUAAGUUGAAUAACCUCAACCCGAAAAUAAAUUACCAAAAAAAUCUCGUUAUAUACACAAUCAAUGGCCUUGCAUCACGUUUUAACAGUGUCGGCCUCAUGAUUCGCCACCGCCAACCUUUUCCUACAUUUGAUGAAACUCAUUCAAUCCUCACAUCAUAA